CUUCAGAGAAAUGGUACAGCCCUGGUCCACAGUUUCAUUCAUAAAAUUUUCGCUCAGUAUAAUAGGGUGAGCUAGAAAACAUACAGCACUUACUUGGUUUGUAAUCCAGCGGAGGAGAAGAUCACCUCGCCAGUUAAAAUAACAUUUUUUAUGGGAAUUCUAUCAUUCUUCGGGCUGUUUAUUGUCUGAAUGCUGUUUUUUGCGGCUUUAUAGAGAUAUGUUUCCAAACUUUAGCUCCGAUUUGGAAUCCUCAUCAUGUUGCAGUACCGCCUUCUCUGUCGGGGACACCUUAUCGUACAACCAACAGUCUCCAGCUGAUUCGUCCUCCAGCGAUUCAGUUUCUCUUGAAGAAAACACGCAGGACCUCUGCACAGAAAUAGAUGUUACUGCUUUGGUUCCGACUGUGACUGCAAUCUCAGUCACCCCACAGUUGCAGUGGUUGGUCCAGCCCACCACCCUCUCGCCUUCCCCUAGUUCCCCUGUUAGAGCUCAGAAUUCCAUCCAGGCGAUUCCUGAAACAGGCAGGAGCAAGGGACAAACCACUAGAAAAUGGGGGGAAACCCAGCAGCUUUCUCCAGAAGAGGAGAAAAGGAGGAUCAGGAGGGAAAGGAAUAAAGUGGCUGCAGCAAAGUGCCGCAACAGGAGAAGGGAGCUCACCAACAGCCUUCAAGCUGAAACUGAAAAGCUGGAGGAUGAAAAGGCAGCUCUGCAGGAUGAAAUAGUCAGUCUUCUGAGUGAGAAGGAACAGCUGGAACUCAUUCUAGCUGCCCAUAAGCCAGCAUGUAAAAUUGUAGAAAACCUGGAGGUCAUGCUCCAAGACUCCAUCGGAUCCCCCCACUCUUCUCCAGAGAUGCCAAGGACACCCGAUUGCAUUGCUUCUGAGGCUCACUGUCUCCACGACAUGGACAGCCCCAGCUUCCCAACCAGUGCUAUCUCUGGAAACUCAAACAUCUUACUAUGCUCCAGUGCUAGGGGCAAUAUCAAUGAGCUGGAAAACACAUUGGGACUGAAGGAGGAACCCUUUGAUGAUGUGAUCAGUGAGAUGGACAAGGUCUCUCUGGAUACAACUCGCUCAGUGCCAGAUAUUGACCUGAGUUCUUCUCUUGGGGUAACGGACUGGGAAACUCUCUAUAAAUCUGUGUCCAGUGACAAUGAUCCAUUGAGUACCCCAGUUGUGACAGUCACCCCAGGCUGUACUAGUUUCCUGUCCACAUUUACAUUCACCCAUCCAGAGUUUGAUUCCUUAGUUGACGGGGAUGAAAAUCAUAAAGUUGGAUUGGCCAAGGCAGAUUUAGCCAUAGAUGUUCUGAAUUCCCCCACUCUACUUGCCUUGUAACUGAUUGAAACAGUUACAACCUACUGGGCCAUGAGCUUAGAGUUCAGGGUCUGGUCUCAUGUCAUGUGUUAUGCUGAGAAACAUGGAUGUGCUUAUUAGCAUGGGUAUUCAUUUUCCAAAGAUAGAUGUUGCCUAUGAUAUAGUAAUAAAGCAUGCAGAAAGGUUCCAUAAUAUUUUAACAAACAGUAUAUUUUUUCAGUUCAUUAUAUAGUGCUAGAUAUUUUAAUAUACAGUGAAAGCAGACAAAGUGCUAUUUGUUUGUAAAUAGCAAUUAUGUUAUAUUAAAUGGAAUAUAGUAUGUGAGAGGAUAUUGUUAUUAUCUGUACUUGCAUGCAUCGGUUUUGUUUGCGAUAUGAUAUUCUGUUGAAUAGGUUGGAGUUUUCCAUGAAAAUAAAUUAUUGUGCAACAUAAUUUACCAACAGGUAUUUUGUUAUUUUAUAAUGAAGGAUUUGACUUGUCAGAUGCAAAAAAGAAAAAAAAACCUGAUAAGCAUUGAAUGCUUAAUUCUACCACUAAACAAAUUUCAUGUGAUUGAAAUAUUUAAAAUUUUUAUAAAAAUAUUCGAGUGUCUAGAGUAAAAUUUUAUAUAUGUAUCACAAGAAAUUGAUUUAUAAACAGUUUAUCCAAUCGUAUUUACUUAUGAUCUCUAAAUAAAAACAUAUUUACAAAUAUUAA